AACGUCUCGUGCACUCGGAUGUGGAUUGGCUAGCGCUGGUUUCCCUAGCCAAGUUCUGCCGCGCGGCAACGUUACCGCGUCCAGUGGGCAGAAGCCAUAUGGGUCCAGAAGAAGGGACUACAACCAACACUAACCAUCUAGUAAGUCCCUACUGUUUUUAAGAUUAGGCAUCCUGUACCGGAGAUAUUGCGCGCGCUUUCUGGUUUACCGUUCAACGUGUUCCGCGUCCGUUCACGCCGUUUUCAGGCUAGUCCAAUUUGCGUCUAUCGUUAAGAUCGUUGCACUCUCGUCAAGCCUACCGCUCGUGGCGUUUCCCAGGGGGACGAUUCUACUCGCGGAGGACAUGGACUCCGACGGCUGCACGUUGACCUGCACCGUCGCCGUAGAAUGGUUGAACGCGCAAGGGUCCAUCCUGAGGAAGGCGACCCACCGAACGGCGUCGCUGCGCCUGAUUCGCGACGGUAAGCGCGAGAUGCACGUGGAGGUGCGCGCCGAGAAGGCGAACGCGCUCACGAAGCUACCCCUGCGAGGUAUAUCGGUGUUCAAUAAAUUCAUGGCCGAGGGGAAGGCGUCCAUCAAGUUCCGGGAGCAGAACUGCACCUUGUUCCUGUCGAACGCACCCUCCUCUCAGCUGAUAACUUUCCUCAAGACCAUAUUCGUCAAGCUGACCGGCCAGGAGGGCAAGCCGGCCGCGAAGGAUCCCCUGCGGGAGAAGCUGCUCGCGAAUGUUCAGCUGGGCGGCGCAGAGGACGUCAGUCCGGCGACGAGCGCGGAGGUCAACAGAGCGCGGGAGAAGGCCAUGGCUGUGUCGCGCGCGACGGUCACUACUCCGUCGCCCGGCGUGGCCAGGAAGCGCAAGCAUCUCAGCGGCGACGGCCCUAAGGUACCCGCGGCGAAGAAGCUAUAUGAGAAUCCCACCGCGGGCGAGCUGACCGAGGAGCAGGCGCGAGUACUGAACGCGGUGCUCAGCGGCAAGAACUUGUUUUUCACCGGCAGCGCCGGCACCGGCAAGUCGUACCUGUUGAGGAAGAUCAUCACGGCUCUUCCUCCGGACGUGACGAUGGCCACGGCGAGCACCGGAGUGGCGGCCUGCCACAUAGGCGGCAUCACGUUGCACCAGUUUGCCGGCGUCGGCCUGGGCACCGGCACCAUAGAGAGAUGCAUCCAGCUGGCCUCCCGCCCGUCCGCCGCCUCGAUAUGGAGGAAAACCAAGCACCUGGUGAUAGACGAGAUUUCUAUGGUGGACGGCGACUUCUUCGACAAGAUUGAGGCAGUGGCGAGACACGUGCGCAGAUCGGAGAGACCUUUCGGAGGGAUACAGCUGAUCCUGUGCGGCGACUUCUUUCAGUUACCGCCCGUCUCCAAGACCGAGGACAAGGCGAAAUUUUGUUUCCAGAGCGAGGCCUGGCAGAAGUGCGUACACUUCAAUUUCGAACUGCAGACGGUCCACCGGCAGAGGGACGAGGCGUUCGUGAAGAUACUGAAUAACGUUAGGAUCGGUAGAGUCACGGACGACAUCGUGGACAUUUUGAAGGAGACGGCGAAGCAAAAGAUCGAGAGCAAUGGAGUAUUGGCAACUCGAUUGUGCUCGCACGUGAGGGAGGCUGAUGAGAUUAACGAAUUUCAAUUGAACGAGCUGAAGGGCGAGAGUAAGGUGUACACGGCGUUAGACUCCGACAGUUCUAUGACGUAUAUGCUGGAUCAGCAGCUGCCUAUACCUGGCAAAUUAGUACUAAAAGUCGGCGCGCAAAUCAUGCUGCUGAAAAACAUGAACGUUAACAGUGGAUUGGUGAACGGAGCUCGGGGCGUUGUUGUCGAUUUCAAAAAUGACGUACCGGUAAUUCAGUUGCGAUCCGGAACUCAUUACGAGGCGAAGAUGGAGAAGUGGGCUAUCAAAACUAGUUCCGGCGCUGUCAUACACCGAAAACAGGUCCCGCUUAAGCUAGCGUGGGCCUUUUCGAUUCACAAGAGCCAGGGCCUGACGUUAGAUUGCGUGGAGAUGUGCCUGUCGAGGGUAUUCGACGCUGGUCAGUCUUACGUGGCGCUUUCGAGAGCUCAAAGCCUGCAGAGUCUACGCGUUUUAGAUUUCAAUAGCCAGCAAGUGUGGGCGAACACAGCUGUACUUGAGUUUUAUAAAAGGUUCCGGAGGAAUCUGCAAGAGAUGGAAAUGAUUCCUCUCGGCAAGAAGAUCAAGUUAGAGAGAGGCAAAAGAUAAUGUUUAAAUCUUUUAACGUU